AUGGAUGAAUUAUUUUGGUCUCAAAUUUCAAAACUUGCAAUAUUAAUGCAACCAUAUUGUGGAGCUCUUGAUAAAAUGCAAUCAGAUAAAGCUCGAUUAUUUGAUGUUGCUUUAUCUUUUGGAUAUUUUAUCAAAUUUUGGGAGCAGAAUUCAAAUCGUUUUUUAGCAGAAGCUGAUAUUGCACCAAUCAUAGAAUUAGAUAAUCAAGAAGCCGUUAAUAUAGAAUCACAAAUUAAAAUUCAAGAGGAACUUGAAGAUCAAAAUACAGCUAGAUAUAUAACUACUGAGCAAGAUUGGGAGGAAAAAUUAAAGGAGUGGUAUGAAUUGUUAGAUGAAGAAGAAAAAGUACAAUUUACCGAUGAAUUAAUGGAUAAUAAUGAACCUAAUAAUAAUUUAUUAAGUUCAUAUAUUCAUCCUGCUAUUAAUGAAAGUGCGAAGUGGAAUUUGCGUGACCUCUUUAUAAGAGAAUUAAAAAAGCCAGAUUUUAUAUCUACCUCGCCUGAAUUUAAUUAG